GCUGUGAAGCACAUCGAAUAACAGACGUGGCUGCACCACAAGGCAGGAUUUGUGAAAACUAGUGUUUGUCCUGUUCCAUCUGCUGGGUAGAUAUCUAUGUUUAUGGCCAUGGCGGAUGAUAGGAAUGGUGCGAGUUCAGCUGCAGGUGCUAAAGUCUCCUCGCUCGGCAAGGCUCUGUCACACAAUCGCUUGGACCUGCUCGAUGAUGAUUUCUGUUCAAUGCCAGCUGCAGCUCACCGGUUCGGUGCGACACAGAGUGCUCGCCGUAGGAGGAGACUGUCGAGCGGGCAGAGCCUCGACUCGCUGGACUCGGUGUUGAGCCCGGCUGCAGAAGCGCGCGUCUUGGUUAUCAACACUGGAGGAACUAUCGGUAUGAUGUACCAUGACAAUGUGCUCACCCCUCAGGCAAACACAUUUGUAAAGGCUCUACGGAAGCUGCCGACCCUGCAUGAUGAACUGUACGCCCAGCAAACCAGACUUUAUGACUGUUGUGAUGCCACAGAGAACACUCUGGUCCUGCCGCUUUCAAACCUGGGUAAGAGAAUUAUCUACACAGUGAUAGAGUAUUGUCCUCUUCUGGACUCUUGCAACAUGAUGACGGAUGACUGGGCAGCGAUCGCUAAGGAUUUAUAUAAAUACUACGAACAAUACGAUGGUUUUGUGGUUCUGCACGGCACUGACACAAUGGCUUAUACUGCAUCAGCCCUGUCCUUCAUGUGUGAACACCUGGGCAAGACAGUCAUCCUUACAGGCUCUCAGGUGCCGAUCUAUGAGUUGAAGAAUGAUGGUCGUGACAACCUGUUAGGUGCUCUGCUUAUUGCUGGCCAGUUUGUGAUUCCAGAGGUCUGUCUAUAUUUUCACCACAAACUGUACAGAGGAAACCGGGUCACCAAGGUGGAUGCUGGGAGUUUCAACGCUUUCUCCUCUCCUAACCUCCCUCCACUGGCAAAUGCUGAAGUUGAUAUAAAGAUUAACUGGGACACGGUUUGGAGAGCCAGCACAACCAAAAAGUUUUUGGUUCAGACUAACAUGAACAGGAAUGUCGGACUGUUGCGCAUCUUCCCUGGAAUUACAUCUGAGACUAUCCGUGCUUUCCUGCAGCCCCCCAUGGAAGCUAUAGUUCUGGAGACGUACGGCAGUGGGAAUGCACCUGACAAUCAGCCCGAUCUGCUGGAAGAGAUUAAAAAGGCCACUGACAGAGGGGUCCUCAUAAUCAACUGCACCCAGUGCCUGCAGGGCUCAGUCACAGAGACCUACGCCACUGGAAAAGCCCUUAGCAAAGCAGGUGUGAUAGCAGGGGGUGACAUGACACCAGAGGCGGCCCUCUCCAAGCUUUCAUAUGUGCUGGGUAAAAGCCAGCUGAGUAUGGAACAGAAAAGAGAGAUGCUAAGUGAAAACUUAAGGGGAGAGAUGCUCGCACCACUUAAAGGAGGCACAUUCUCACUAAGAGACAGUAGAUUCAUUCAGGUCAUAGCUAGGUCUCUCAGUGUCAGCUGUAAAGAGGAGCUGGAGGCAGUCCGUGAUGCUUUAACUCCUGCCCUGGCUUGCGCAGCUGCUAAAAUUGGAGAUAUCAACGCCCUGGAAGCCAUUCGUGAAAUGGGCAGUAACUUGAGCAGUGAAGAUUAUGACGGACGGACACCACUUCAUGUCGCCGCAUGCGAGGGCCACCUAACGGUAGUUCAGUACCUGCUUGAUCACGGAGCCACUGUCCACACCAAGGAUCGUUAUAGUGACACACCACUCAGCAAUGCUGUCAAGUUCAGGCACAAGGAGAUUAUUGGUCUCUUACGGCAGACAGGGGCCCAUCUUUCUCGUGAAGAGAUGGAGGUAGCGGGGACAGAACUUUGCAACUUGGCAGCAAAUGCUGACCUAGUGGGGCUUGAGAUUUGGGAGCUCGCUGGUGCUCGCAUGGAUGUGACCGGCUACGAUGGAAAAACUCCCCUGGAAGUGGCACAAACAGCCGGGAAUGAGGAGGUGAAUGCAUUUUUUCAACAAACACAUCUGCGCAGAGGACAGCUACUGCCAGAUGAAAAUAACAAGAUUUUUCAGAAUGGUGAGUUUAUUGAGUUCACCGGCCCUAGAAGAACCUGAACACCUACAGUAUCGGCAUCACCUACAAGACAAUGGAGACUGCAUGCUGCUGAUCAUCCAUAAUCUUACAGCAGAUCAGCUUCAAAUGGACUCUACUGAAAAUUGCUGUCAUCACUAUAGUGGAAUACUUGCUCAGUGCCACACUAUCCUAAGCCUAGAGUUAGUGUAAUUGAAGUCUUGUGUAUCCAUGUGUGAAAAAAAUAGAAGCUGAAAGACUCCUUUUGUUUUUGUUAUAUAUAUAACCUUAAUGUCAACUAAACUGGGUGCAGCAGUAUUUGUUGAUUUGUUUCAAACAAGGUGUAGACAGGGAAGUCUUUAAAAAAGAACUUGGUUCAUGUAAAACAUUUCUACUUGUGUUUUUAUUUUAUUUUUUUAAAUCCCUGUUUGUUGUCAGGUGGAACUACUCAGAAUGAUUACAAACAUGAAAUUGCAAGGGGAAAGUUAUAAUAAAUCUCUCUCUCUCUCUCUCUCC